UCUACUGCCUGUGCAUGCUGGGAAAUUUGACGUCAUUUUCCGUGGACGGAGAAGUGAUUUGCGAAAUAUCUGCGAUAUUUGACCACUCAAUUCGCGGCUGUGGAGCGUUUUUGUGUGACACCAUUAUUCAUGCUUGUGCCCUACGUCGUUAGGGACCGUCUUCACGGUUUUGAGGCGCGUCCAGCGCGAUUUCACUUUCUAGGAUGUCCCGACAUGAAGGUGUCAGCUGUGACUCUUGCUUGAAGGGCAACUUCAGAGGCAAGAGAUAUAAGUGUCUGAUCUGCUACGACUACGAUUUAUGCGCAUCUUGUUACGAGAGUGGUGCCACCACGACAAGGCACACUGCUGACCACCCCAUGCAGUGUAUUCUGACAAGAUCUGACUUUGAGCUGUACUAUGGUGGGGAAGGGCUUGCGAUAGAGCAUCCUCAGUCCUUCACAUGUCCUUUCUGUGGGAAAAUGGGGUAUACAGAGUCCUCACUACAGGAACAUGUCACGUCUGAACACUCUGACACUUCCACAGAAGUGGUGUGCCCUGUUUGUGCAGCAGUCCCAGGUGGAGAUCCAAACCACGUCACAGAUGACUUUGCUGCACAUCUUACAUUAGAGCACAGAUCGCCAAGAGACCUGGCCUCAAUCCAAACUUUUUCCUUGACUGGCGAGCACGAUGACGCUAGUAGUGCGCGGCAUGUUCGCAGGAUGUUCCAUCCUGGCCGGGGAAUGGGGGGAGCCAGGGCUCGCCGGGCCAAUAUGCACUUCAGCACUGCAGCUGGCCUAUCAGCCCAGUCUACCACCUCUCCAAGCAGCAGAGAAACCAUGGACCCCAUAGCUGAGCUGCUGUCUCAGCUGUCAGGUGUCCGGCGCACAGCAGGUGCUUCCACCACAGCGGCCACCACGUCCCAGCUGCAGCAGCUACAGAUGCAGCUGCAGCUGGAGCGCCAACAGGCGCAGGCUGCCCGACAGCAGCUGGAGAGGUCCAUGCCUCGGCGACAGGCUGCUCCAUCAUCCACCAGCACCCCCACUGCUGCAGGCACCCAGCCUUUAGACUCCAUCAGUGCAGCUGGGCAGGGAAGUCCACAGUUCCUGUUAUCCAGAAUAUGGGAGAACCAGUUACCAGAGGGUGAACGUGAGAAGUGGGAGGAGGAAAGAGCAGAUAAGAGUAAAUUUGUACAGGACUUGUUACUUGCACUCAUGUCAGAGGACGACUUACCAGUGAAAGAAUGGAAGAGUGAUGAAGAAUCAUCCACGUCGUCUGAGGAAGAUUUGUCUAUGCCGCGCCUAAGGCACUCGGUGAGAGAAGAAGAGGCAAGCAAAACAAAACGGGACUCAGGACAGCAGAGCGAGGCUGUUGGUGGGGCAAGGCCCAAGAAUUCUGUCAAAAAUCGCCACCAGAAAAAUGAUGUAAAUCGCUCUGGGUCCAAGUCUAAAGUAGAAUCCUCGACCACUUCCCGAGGGGUAAUGUCGUUGAGCCAGAGAGCAGAUUCAACCCCAAACACCAGAGCAACGUUAACCAAUCCCAAGGUGUCAUUAUCAACCAAUCCCAAGGUUGCACCGUCUAAUGUCAAAGCUGCCCCUUCAGCCAAUCCGAGAGCUGCUGCUCCCUCUGUUAAUGUGAGGGCCCCCUUGUCAGCCAAUCCUAAAGCUGCAUCCUCGGGCAGCGCUCGAGCUGUACCGACAGCGAAUGCAAAGGCAGAGUCCUCAACCGCUCCUAACUCACCGGCACAGACUGGUGGGACAACAGAAUCUUCUAUGGGCACCAAGCAAGAUAAAGAGCAGGUGUCGGGACAGCGGUAUCGUGCUAAGCUCACAACGAAAUUAGAAUUGCAUGAUUUUGUAGACCCUUUCUCAUAGUAGCACAUUAAAUACCAGUCAUGCCUUCUCUAUAUUACAGUUUUUUUGGUCAAUGGGUAUAUGGAUGUCUUAUAAUAAGAUAUUUUCUGAUCUCUUCCAUUGCGCUUACUGCUGAUGAUAAGGCUGAAGGGCAAUGGAGUUCCCAAAUGCCUUGCUCAAGAUUGCAUACCCCAGCAACAAGGAUUUCCAUGCCCAAAAUGUAUGCAUGCAACUUAAUUAAUCCAUUUUCAUUAGUGGAACAGGUUGGGUUUUUUGUAGAGGAUUUAUUCGGCUUGUCUGAACACAUCUUUUGAUCUAGAGGUGUUGGAUGUGUUAACUGUUGGACAAGUUUCAAGUUGAAAAGGGUGUUUUAUUUGAGAGGUCUGUUCACUCAAAUCAGUGCCCAGAAUAAAAGGGACAGUAAAUAACACAAU